AUGUCGGCUGAGAAUGAAUUUGAAUUGGAUCCGAUGCAAUAUCAAGUAAAAAUCACUUUUAGUUUUUUUUUGAUUUUUUGAUUAAUUUUGAAGGAUAAUAUUGUUGUUUUAGAAUGAAAGUUACGCUGAGGAGACGAUCUACGUUCAAAGCAGGACACCCAAUACGUAAGUUAAACUAUAUUUAAAAUGUUUUUUAAUAUUUUUGAAGAAUGUGAAAUAGUUAAUUAUGUCUUAAUUGAGUUUUUUUAUAGUCUUGUUAAGCUUUUUCUAUCAAUAUUACGUUUCAAGCUUUAAUUCCAGCCAAUAUCGAUCUCAAAACCAGUUUUAUCAACCUUCAACUUCUUCAAAUUACCAAAGAAAGGAGAAUCAGUACGAGUCUUGCGUAAGUUAUAUCAUUUUUGAACAUUGUUUUGUGAUUAGGAGAUCAAGUCGACAGUGUUGAAGCCAUCUCAAGCGUACUAUCAGCUAGCCACGAGCCAUAACAGUACUAGGAACAAUCCUUUGUUAGCUGGGCCUUUGAAUCCUCAGCCAAAGAAAAGGUACUGUUACAUUUAACACUAUUUUGUCAUUUGUUUUUAGCUGUAUAGGUAUGGUUUUUGGUAGUUUUCUGGUGUUAAUUUAGUAUAGAGGAUAAAUUUAUUCUAAACCUAGACUACUUGGUUUUUGUAGAUUUAUGCUUAAAUCUUAUGUUUUAGCAAAAGAGGCACUGGGAAACGAAAGAAUUGCAAUUGUACAAAGUCACAAUGUCUGAAGUUGUACUGCGAUUGCUUUGCAAAUGGAGAAUUUUGCUUGGACUGUAAUUGUAAGGACUGUCAUAAUAACCUGGAACACGAAUCCGAACGAAGUAGAGCUAUCAAGAGUUCUUUGGAUAGGAAUCCACAUGCUUUUAAACCUAAGAUUGGUAUGUCAUUUUAAGUUUAGUCGGCUUUUAGGUAUUAAUUAUGUUUCAUGUAAACAAUACUGUAGAUUUUUAGAAAGUCUAGUUUAAUAUGAACACAUUUAGGUGUGGCUGCAAAAGUAGGUAAAGCUGCUGAUCUGGAGAGGUUACAUCAAAAAGGAUGUAAUUGUAAGAAGUCGAACUGCCUUAAAAACUACUGUGAAUGCUAUGAGGUAUGUGUGCUUAAAUAAAUUACUGUAAAUUUUAUCGUUAGUAAUACUUUUUUAAAGUAGUUUUUUGAAGGUAAUUUAAAAGUUUUUUUAUUUAUGAAAAGAUUAUCAUUUAGUUUGAAACAUUUUAGGCAAAAGUGCCAUGUACAGAGCGAUGUAAGUGUGUGACGUGUAAGAAUACAGAACACGAUCGUGCUGUGAGAUUCCGUGAGAAGUUUAGUGCUGCCGGUUUGGCACAGUUAGCUGCCGCAGCUGCUAAUGACAAUCGUGGAGAGACGCCGAGUGAGGAUUCAGAUUCCGACAACGAAAGGGCGGAUCCCAAAGGUCAACCUUGGUUCUACAUGACCGACGAUGUCAUUGAAGCUACUACAAUGUGUCUUGUUUCGUACGGUCAGGAAAUGGUAAGGAUGGUUCUGCUCUUUGUUUUAAAAUAUUUUUUAUUCUAAAUUUAGUCAAUAUUGUUUUAGGAGCAAAGUGCGCAUCACAGAAGUACAGAAGAAGAGAUUAAAGAAGAAAUGGAGAAGGGGAUUCUGCUCGAGUUCUCCAGAUGUCUUUCUCAGAUUGUUGACAGUGCCAAAAGUGGGAAUAGAUCACUUAACAUUUGA